AAACCCUGUCCCAAAGCAAGCUAAGUCAGCAGUUUUGGAUAAAAAGCAUAUAUUCAAAAAUAUAUAUAUCAUUAAAAAAUUACCAGAAUACUUUUGGUGCCUUCAAGGUAGAGCAAAGCCAUGAGCGAAACACCUCCUGGCGAGUCUCCUCCAGACGGCACUGAACCGCAUCGAAAUAAUAGUGAGUUCAUUCUGAUCAGUGAGAACAACAUCCCUUAUGACCUAGAUCACCAGGAAUAUGAACAAUGGUGUAACGAGGAAGAAGUAGGAGAAAGAGAUCAGAAUGGAUUCCCAGGGGAUGAAUUCAUCCCAGAGAGCCUGGACUCUAUUAAUUCAGACUUCUCACUGAAUGAAGUCUUAGAGCGUUAUACUGACUCUAUUAAUUCAGACGUUGCAUCAGAUGAAAUUGAUUUGGGCAACCCAUUUGAUGGAAUUUCCGAGGAUAAUGUUUCUCCUGAUUUCCACUUUAAUGAUGGAACUUCAGAGCCCAUUGACUCUAUACUUUCAGAGGAAAAUCUUUACUUUAAUAGCACUGCAGAUAUCAGCAACACGUCUAUUAACUCACAACAAACAAUAAAUCCAUUUUUUGCCUCAACUUCACCAGUUUUACCGGGAGAAGAAGUGAUUCCUGAAGAAGAACGAGAGGACACAUGGGCAAUAGGCCAUAACCCUGUUAGUUGGGAUGAUUUGUGCAAUGAUGAAAUGUCACACAUUUAUGCUAGUCUUCCACACUCACCUGAAGAAAACCACAACACGACCAUGUCAAAUCUUAACACUGGCAUUGAGGCAGAAGCCAUCGAGGUCAUUGCAGAUUCAAACUCAUUUGGUGAUGCAUUACCUGGAAGCGGAGACAUCCCUCUAGAGGACCUUAUUCGUGAUUUGGGACUCAUCCCUCCACAGGUUACUAUGCCUUGCAAAAGAGAAUGCGUACCCACUACUAUUGGUAGAGAACCAAGUGUGGUAACAAGCAUGGCAAUAACAUCCCAACAGUCUAAAAAAAACAACAAGUCAGCAAUUGAUCUGGGUAUAGAACUGCCAAAACCAUUCCAACACUGUCAUCAGCUUGACCUGUCAGAUACUGGUUUGGAUAGAGCUUUGCCAGGAGCUUCGUCCCAGUCCACCAGACUUGGACUGUCAGAUACUGAUUUGGAUGCAGCCUUGCUUCCAGGAGCAUCGUCACAGUCCACACAACUUCACCUGUCAGAUACUGGUUUGCAACAAACUUUGCUGUCAGGGACAUUGACAUCGUCCUUACGACUUGACCUUCCAUCGAUUGGUGUGGCGAACCAAGUUGGUAUGGCUGCCAUGGAUGUGGCUGUUGCUACAGUGGUAUUUCCGCUUCAUGGACAUGCAUCGAACCUCAUCACCUGGAAUAAUGCCGGUGUUGUCAAUGAUCAAGCAAUGGAAUUUCCCAGCUUACCAUCCCUCGAAGAAAAGAAACGAAAAAGGCGUGAAAGUAUGAAAGCUGCAUCUAAAAGGCACAGAGUAAAGAAAAAAGAGAAAGAAGAUGCUUUGAUAGACAAAGUAGAACAGCUGUUGAAAGAGAACUCUGAACUCAGAGAUCAACGUAAGAGACUUUCUGACGAGAAGGAAUUCUACCUCAGAGAAUUGAAGCGAAGAAAAGAAAUGCAUGAUUCGUCAAAAGAGUAAGAGUUCGUCAUUAGUGUCAAAUGAUAAUAAUUAUAAUAAUAAUAAUUUGUAGAAUUCACAAUAUUGAAGCAAGGGUGUUAAUACCAUGCUUAACCGCGGUCUGCAGUCCAUAGUGAAGCAAAAAUGAAAUAGUAAGCCUAACUGCGGUCUGCACUCUGUAGUAAAGCAAAGGUAUAAUACUACAAUGAAACAAAGGUAUGGUACUGGGCGUAGCCGCGGUCUGCUUUCCGUAGUGAAGCAAAAGUAAAAUACUAAGCGUAGCUGCGGUCAGCAGUCUGUAGUGAAGCAAAGGUAUUAUACUAACGGUAAUUACUAAUAUUAAUAAAAUACGAAUGCACUUCAAUUCAUAAUCGAACAGUAUAAGUAGUGUGUGUUCACUGCAGCUCUAAGUGGACUGCAAUCGUUGACAAAAUCCUUGGACCAGUCUAGCGAGUUUUGUCAUUUUUUAAAAGCACCAUCCACAGACAAGUUCAUCCCUCCUAACCCUAAAUGCAAUGUUGUCAUCGAAUAUGUUACAAUAGUACACAAGCAUCGAAAACAAGACCCAAGAUUGAUGAAAGGGGGUUAGCGAAAACUGUGAAAAGAUUGAGAAAAAUGUUAGGCUGGAGACAAAUAAUUUUAUGGCCCAAGGUUUCUUGGCAACGAUUGUAGGUGUAGAUGCAUUCAGUAUACUUUAUCAAACUUUAAUACAAUGCCAUGACUGACUGAAAAAUGACCACAAUUAGGUACUUGCAUGUUUUAACUGAUUGCAUGAAUUGAAUGCUUUGUUCUGAUUGGUUAUGUCAGCAGGGAUUGGUGCAAAGCCAAUUUAACCUGUGUACAUCCGUUUCUCACCCCUCAGAAAAUCGGGGAGAUUUUUUCGGAGGGGUGAGAAACGGAUGUACACAGGCUAAGCCAAUUUGGACUAGUGGUUUUGAGUCUAUCAUGGCAGGGUGUUUUUAUUAUCUUAUCAAAUUUCAGUUCAAGUAAGUUUCAUCAACAUCCAUUAAUUAUGUCAUCCUCGGAAGAUUACCCCUGGUUCCCGAGGAUGUCUGCUGGACAGUUUAAGGUCUAGAAUGAUUUGGUUAGUCAGAUUCACACUCAUUAUUUUCUAUUAUUUUUUUAUCAAGAAGUAAGAACUCGAUAGUUAACAUUUUUUAUAACGGUUAACGGGAAAUCACUUAUAGUAGUAUGACGAUUGUUCCAAGAAGUUUUAGCCCCUUUGUCAGUAAGAUGCUAUUCCCUUGGAAAAAUGCUCUAACAAGCUCUGAGAAUUAUUAAAACCUGGUCAAAUUUCAAUUAUCCUAUUCAACCGAGUUGUGCUAGAUAAAUCUUCUAAACAUUUCGAGUCGAGUCACUGACCUUUGUACUAGUCCAAAUGGAUGGUACAGUUUGUGUCCACAGUUGUUGGUGAAGCUUAGUUGUACAGUUGGGCCUGCCUAGAGUUUUUACUGAAUUUCAGCAAAAUUACUAGAAGUCUAAAAAAAGAAAUGAACAAAAAAAAUAUAAAAGACCACAAAAUCCAACUUAAAAAAAGAACAAAAAACGAAACAAAACAAAAAAAGAAGAGAUUUUGCACUGGGUGCUAUUCUAUAUCGUUUAUAGUCAAAUGCAGGCUUUCAACUUUAUACAUGUAAUCACAAUUUUGUUUAGCUUAUUUUUGCAACAAAUGUAUUCAUUUCUAUCUUUUGUAUCUUUGUAAUAAAGAUGUCACAGUGGUAGAA